UAGCGGUUUUAAGUUUACUGCCUCCGUUGUUCUUGCUCCCAAGAGAGAUAUAAUUUCCGUGCGAAAUUCCUAUUGGCCAGGGCGCGAUCAGCUGGUUAUAUUUGCUGCUGUCCUUCUUGGCGUUUAGCCAUCUAGAAACAAACCACUUGGACUACUACAAGUACUGUGGUUACAGCUAGAUGUUCAAAUGCAAAACAAUUCACAACUUUAGGCUUUACAGUGCAAAUGAAUUCUUAUUUUGUGAACAACGUAUUCCCUAUCACUUUGUCCAGUGGCCAGGAUUCUUUUCUGGGACAGAUCCCUUUGUAUACAAAUGGCUAUGACCCAUUAAAACACUUUCCAUCGUCCUAUGGACCCACUGUGAUACAAGACAAGACAACUCCGUCACCAUGUUAUUAUCAACAGUCAACCACAGUAUUUAAUUCAAGAGUUCAGUGUGAUUAUGGACCAACUUGCUUUUACCCUGAAAAGGAAACAUCAAGCGCUUUGCCUACAGGCAGUAUCAAGGAAAGGGCUUGCAGCGAACACGUGCAGUGUAAUGCUGACCUGCAGUACAAAUCUUACUGUGCUGAAAAGAAAAUCUUAAAUAAUGAACUACUGGAACGGAGGCACGGUACUUCAGUUUACUCAUGGAUGCAACGAAUUAACUCAAGCGAUGAUUUAGGCCCCGUGUAUGGCUCAAAUGGAAGACGCGGAAGACAAACAUACACGCGAUAUCAAACUUUAGAACUUGAGAAAGAAUUUCAGUUUAAUCGUUAUUUAACUAGACGUCGUCGAAUUGAAAUAGCAAACGCAUUAUUUCUUAGUGAGCGGCAGAUUAAAAUAUGGUUUCAAAACAGACGAAUGAAAUGGAAAAAAGAGAAUAAAUUAUUGACCGCUAGUCAGAUUAAUGGUGAGGAUACUCCUGAAAACCCAAAAGAGGAACUGUAGUUUCUACCGGAUCUUUUUUCUUUUUCUUUUUCUAUAAAUUUUGAUUUAUCAUAUGGCAGUAGAUAGACAGACAGAUAGACAGACA